AUUUUAAACACCGACGGGGAAAUGUCAUGUCAAUCAGAAGUGAAAAGAAACAUUUUUGAUGACUUUCCUACUGUAACGAAUGAUUCGUUGACUCGGUGGAAGAUAUACUGUAGACUCGGAAGAACAAAAACAUGGCGUCCCCUUUUACCGUUUUGAAGCGACUUCAAAUUGAAGAGUAAUGGCAAGGUCACACAGAAAUAAAUAAUCAACAUGGAAACUAAUGAUGUUAAAACAUUCCAUCAGUGUGUUGUAUGUGAUGAGAUUUUUCAACAACUUGAUGAUUUAGAAAAGCACAAUAAAAUACAUGUUAAAGAAGAGAAAACGGAUGAUGCAGAUGAAUAUUGUUAUGUUCAUUUUAAAGAAGAGAAAACUGAUGAUGUAGAUGAAUAUUGUCAUGUUAAAGUAGAGAAAACCGAUGCCGCAGAUAAAUAUUGUCAAGAAGUGAAAACUGAAGAUAUUGAAACAGUUCAUCAGUGUAAUUUAUGUGAUGAAGAAUUUAAAUUAGAAACAGAUUUAGAAAAUCACUGUGCAUUACAUGUUGAAGAACAGUUGAAAGCUUGCAAUUAUAGUGAUAACUGUAAGGGUAUUAAUGUAGACCUACAAUUAGCUGACUAUAAGGGUAGUGAUGUAGCCCUACAAUUAGCUGAAACAAAAGUGUAUAAAUGUGAUGUUUGUAGUAAAUCAUUUACAAACAGGCGUAAUCAGCAGUUUCAUAUGAGUAUUCAUACUGGGAAUAAACCCUAUAAAUGUGAUGUUUGUAGUAAAUCAUUCAAUAAUAGAUGUAAUCUCCAGAGACACAGGAGAAUUCAUACAGGAGAAAGUUCAUAUGAAUGUGAUGUUUGUAGUAAAUCAUUUACAAACAGGCGUAAUCAGCAGUUUCAUAUGAGUAUUCAUACUGGGAAUAAACCCUAUAAAUGUGAUGUUUGUAGUAAAUCAUUCAAUAAUAGAUGUAAUCUCCAGAGACACAGGAGAAUUCAUACAGGAGAAAGUUCAUAUGAAUGUGAUGUUUGUGGUAAGUCAUUCACACUCCGUUGUAUUCUACAGAAACACAUGAUCAUUCAUACUGGUGAGAAGCGCUUCCAUUGUGGUGUUUGUAAUAAGUCAUUUAAUUAUGGUCAUCAUUUAAAGCAACAUCUUACAAUUCAUACAGGUGAAAAACCUUAUCACUGUGAUGUUUGUAGUAAAUCAUUUACUGACAAGCGUAAUCUACAAAGACACAUGAAAAUUCACUCAGGAGAAAAAUCACAUAGGUGUGAUGUUUGUUAUAAAUCAUUCACAGAAAAGUUUGGUCUACAGAGACACAUGAGAAGUCAUACAGGUGAAAAACCGUAUACUUGUGAUGUUUGUAGUAAAUCGUUUACUGACACGCGUAAUCUACAGAGACACAUGAAAACUCAUACAUGAUGUUUGUAAUAAAUAUUUUACAAAACAUUUUGGUCCACAGAGACACAUGAGAAGUCAUACACAAGAAACUUUAUAAAUGUGAUGUUUCUAAUAAAUCAUCUGGAACUAUAAGUGUGAUAUUUAUAUUAAAGGGGCUAAAUCGCUAAUAUUUGGGACCUACAAAUUGACACGGAUCACCGUUUGACAUGACUUGUGGAAUAUGUCUAACCUCGUUCUUCGAGUCGCUUGUUACAAAUUGCGCUGAAACGCAUUAUGGUACACGAUUCGUGUACCAAUCAUAAAAUGUUUAUUCUGUCUUAACAAUUGGAUAUCAGAAUCCCAUCUUUUUCCGGUAAGAUCACAACACCAAUGUUGAUUAAAAUUGACAAAUAAUUUGUGUUUUCAUUGUCGAAGGUUUUGGAUGAUAUUGAGUUUAGAGACCUAGCUACUUUAUAUCAUUCAGAGAAAAUUAUAAAUGUAAUGUUUCUUUUCACAUUUAGUGUGAAGUAAUUUGAUUAAAAUGCAGAUGUAUA